AAAAAAAAUCCCCAAACUAAAACUGUCAACUGUCAACAAUACAAAAUUGUAUUUAUCUUAUAAAAUGUCUCUUUACGACGAUUUCGAUGUAAAAGCUCGCCCCACGGAAUCCGUACAAGGUUGGUCAUCCAGUAUAAAACUACUUCAAUCCCAAUUACAAUUAAAAAAAGCCGCUGUAACACAACCUAAAAGAGACCAACAAAGGAAGGCCAGUUUGCCCCCUGUAAUCGAUUUAAAACAUAAAAAACACGAUGAAGACGUCAAACAUUCAAAUAAUAAUUCCACUAGAAGUAAAGAGCAACAACUUCCAAUUAUAUCCGGAAGCAAUUAUAAACAAGAAUAUGAUUGGAAUGUUAUUGAUGAAUACGACCCAUUAUGGCCAAAUGAAUACGAAAAGAUAGUGAAAGAACUUCGUGAUAACCGCGAUAGAGACUUAGAAAAAGAAGAAAAAAGAAGGGAUAGGCGUCGAAAAUCGAGAUUUAGCGAAGCGGAAGAUGAUACUCCCCCACAAGCCAGUUUACCACAAAUUGGAAGUGGUUUUGCAGGAAGAUGGGCUGAUGAUGAAGAAGAAAUAGAACCACCUCCAAAAAUUACUAGAAUGGGACAAGGUGCUGCAAUUGCACCACCUCCUAGUUUACAAGAAGCUUUAUCACCACCAAGAAGUAGUUCUCUUACCUCUAAAUCUUCAACUCCUACUAGUGGUACUAAUACCACCAAUAAUAUCAACAAUAACAGUAGUAGUUACAGUGGCUCUUCCGUUGCGGCAAAAAUCAUGGCGAAAUAUGGAUUUAAAGAAGGCCAAGGAUUAGGUAAACAAGAACAAGGAAUGUCAAUGGCUUUACAAGUUGAAAAAACAUCAAAACGUGGUGGAAGGAUUAUCCAUGAAAAAGAAAUUCAACCAGCCCCUAUGAUAGAAGAUUCAUAUUCACCUGAUGAUAAAUCAGAACCAACUAUAACUGAAAUGAUGAAAGCUCCAAGUAAAGUGGUUUUAUUGAGAAAUAUGGUUGGACCAGGUGAAGUUGAUGACGAUUUAGAACCUGAAGUUAAAGACGAAUGUAAUCAAAAGUAUGGAGAUGUGGGAAGUGUUAUAAUUCAUGAAAUUAAUACUAGCAAUCCAGAAGAAGGUGUUAGGAUUUUUGUAGAAUUUAAGCGGAUUGAAAGCGCAAUUAAAGCUGUUGUCGAUUUAAAUGGGAGAUUUUUUGGCGGCCGACAAGUUAAAGCUAGUUUUUAUGAUACUGAAAAAUUUGAUAAUUUACAAUUAGAAUAGAAAUAAAUGAAAACA